GUAAAAGAAAAGAGAAGGAGAUGCAUGAAUAUUAUUAUGAGGUUGAAAAUGCAGCGUUAAAAGUUCCCUCCUGGGCAACGGUCAACCAUAGUUGCGAUCUCGAAAAUGCAGAGCACCGUUCUCUCUCUCUCCCCUUCCCUCUCUCUCCUCCGCAAACCCCACACCCGUGUCUCUGCUUCUUCCGCUUCCAAACUCAAUGUUAUUCUCACUCCCUCUUCCUCUUCCUCUUCCUUUCCAUGCCAACCAUGCUCUCUCGCUUCAUCUUCUAUCUCUUUCAAACUCCCUCCCUCUCGCUCCCUCCAUGCCAGAGGCAGAGCAGCCUCCGUGCCGGAGAGAAGCUCCGCCGACUCCUCCGCCGCCAACAUCCUGGAACUAGGGGUCCUGUUUGUCUUCUGGUUCCUCUUCAACAUAUACUUCAACAUCUACAACAAACAGGUUUUGAAGGUUUACCACUUCCCUUUAACCGUAAGCACUAUUCAGUUCGCUGUGGGGGCUCUCCUCGUGGCCUUCAUGUGGGGUUUUAAUCUCUACAAGAGACCUAAAGUCAGUGGCGCCCAGCUUGCAGCGAUAUUGCCUCUGGCUGUCGUCCAUACUUUAGGGAACCUUUUCACCAACAUGAGUCUUGGAAAGGUGGCUGUGUCUUUCACUCACACCAUAAAAGCCAUGGAGCCUUUCUUUUCUGUCAUCCUUUCUGCUAUGUUCCUUGGAGAGAAUCCUACUGCAUGGGUGGUUGGUUCCCUUGUGCCUAUUGUUGGUGGGGUGGCGCUCGCGUCUGCUACGGAGGCUUCUUUCAAUUGGGCUGGAUUUUGGAGUGCUAUGGCUUCCAAUUUGACAAAUCAAUCUCGUAAUGUUCUCAGCAAAAAACUCAUGGUUAACAAGGAGGAAUCUAUGGACAACAUAACGCUCUUCUCAAUAAUAACAGUUAUGUCCUUCUUGUUAUCAGCACCAGUAACCCUUCUCAUGGAGGGUGUCAAAUUUACGCCUACUUACCUGCAAUCCGCUGGAUUAAACGUUAACGAAGUGUUCAUCAGAUCUCUACUUGCUGCACUAUGUUUCCAUGCAUAUCAGCAAGUUUCUUAUAUGAUACUGCAGAAGGUGUCACCUGUUACCCACUCUGUGGGAAAUUGUGUGAAGAGGGUUGUGGUCAUCGUGAGCUCUGUCAUCUUCUUCCAAACACCUGUAUCGCCAAUCAACGCAAUUGGGACUGCUAUAGCUCUUGCCGGUGUUUUCCUGUAUUCAAGGGUGAAGCGACUUAAGCCAAAGACAAUUUAGUUCUCAGCCUUAAAAUUUUGCUAGUUGCACGGCACAUCUGCCGGUUACAUUUCUAAAAUAUUCUUUAUAGGCCUGAUAGGGAUUGAGGGUUAUUGACCUUUAUAGGUCGUGGAUUUAUUUUACAUGUCUGAGAGGUGCCAAAUGGUUCCACUCUAUGAAAUUUUUUUCAACGUUUAAAUUUUGAUUAAGUAUCACAUUUGAAUGAGGGAAGCCUAAUCUGGCAUUUUAUGUAUUCUAAAAUCUUUAUUUCAUUCUGAUUCGUAAAAAUGUAAUAUAGGUACAUAUGAAUUCUGAACAGCAGAAUUUGAAUGAGAUAAAAUGCUGUAUUGGUGAA